GGGCACAGUGAGUUGUGGAGCGGUCUGGAUUGUGGGCAUGAUGCCGAUGGAGAGAGUGUGGCUCCUGGCUGUCCUGCUCCGGGCGGCUGUUGUGAGCGGUCUCUCCUCAGGAGAACUUUACCCUCAUGGGGAGGACGCUGGGGACAAGUUGCUAGCUCCCGGGGACGAUGUCACCUCGGAGCCGGUCAAGUUGGGCCAAACGCUGCGUCUAUUCGACAGGACUGUUAGAAACCUUUAUGUAAACACAAAUGGAAUCAUUACCAUCAGCAAACCUUCUGCAGAAGUAAAUUAUGUCGACACUUUUCCACCAAGAUUUGGUGCGAUUGCAGCAUUUCUGGCUGAUCUGGACACUUCUGAUGAAGUGGGGAAGAUCUACUACAGGCAGGAGUCAUCACCACAAAUCCUCCAUCGUACUGCAUUGAUGAUAAGCAAAGGUUUCCCUGACCUAAACUUCAAUCCAGACAACAUUUUCAUUGCCACUUGGGCCAAUGUGACCGCUCAUGAGGAGCUCAGACGAGGAGACCAACCACAGAAUAAGAGAAAUACCUUCCAGGUGAUAUUGGCUUCUGAUGAAUCCAGCUCCUAUGCUAUUCUGCUCUACCCUGAAGAUGGCUUGCAGUUUUAUGGAACACGUUCCAAAUCAGCAAAUAACAUUGACUUAGAAUUACCAGCUCGAGUGGGCUUCAGCAGAGGGGAAAGCAGUUUUGUGCUAUUUACACUCGAGGGACCGUCGUAUGCAGUUACAUCUGGCAGUGAACAAUCUGUUAAAAACCUUUACCAAGACAGUAAUGCUGGAGAACAAGGAGUUUGGAUCUUCCACCUGGGCAGUUCUUCUAACCAGACCAUUUUUUCUGCUGUUGUAAGCAUGUUCCAUACUGAUUAUGUGCAGAGUACUUUUAGUACUGUUCCAACCAUUGACCAUCAGAGGAACUCCUAUGUGGAUAUAACCGAGAAUGGAUCAGACCCAGAAUAUAAUCUUCCUGAAGAAGAAAAAGUUGGCAUACCAGAGGAUGCUGUAGUGUACAAGGUAGCUUCACAGCAGAAUGUGGAAAACUUGGCUCCAGAAGAACCCCGCUAUGUGGAGGAGUUUCCGGUUCGCACACACAUCAAAGUAAAGCCAGUCCAGUUCCAGCAUCCACAGUUUCCCCAGCGCAGAGUUGAACUGUUGGAUACAGAGUUGGAUGUGACUGGGAAUGUUUUCUCAUACAAUACAGAAAGACAGCUCACCUGUGCCAACAGCCGUCAUGUGUGUUCGAUUCAUGGCCAGUGCAGAGACUAUGUUGCAGGUUUCUGCUGUCACUGUAAUCCGGGUUAUUAUGGAAAUGGCAAGCAGUGUGUUGCGGAAGGAUCUCCCCAGCGUGUCAAUGGAAAGGUAAAUGCAAAGAUUUUUGUAGGAACCAAUCCAGUACCUAUUCAGUUUGAAAACAUUGACCUGCAUUCGUAUGUGGUGGUAAACGAUGGGCGAUCAUAUACAGCUAUAAGCCGAAUCCCUACAACCCUAGGCUGGUCUCUUCUGCCACUGUCAUCUGUUGGAAGUAUCAUUGGUUGGAUGUUUGCUCUGGAGCAACCUGGCUAUGAAAAUGGAUUCAGUAUUGUUGGUGGUGAGUUCAGCCGUCGAGCGGAGGUGACUUUUACACCUGGUAAUGAGAAGCUUACCAUCAGUCAACAUUUCAGUGGUAUUGAUGAGCAUAACCAUCUCACCAUCACCACCUCCCUGGAAGGACGAGUCCCUGAAAUUCCACAGGAGUCAACUGUGCAUAUAGAACCAUACAAUGAAUUGUACCACUACUCAAGCUCUGCGAUCACUUCCUCUUCAAACAUACAGUACACAAUAGAAUUUCCUGGUGGAACCUCACGGAGUUAUUCCUUCCAAUUGAAACAGACUAUCACCUUCCAGGGCUGUAUCUAUGAUGAUGAUGAUGCACGACUUGUACCUGCCACUCAGCAGCUGUCUGUUGACCGCACGUUUGUCCUAUAUGAUAAAAAUGAGCAGAUACUCCGAUAUGCAAUGAGCAACAAGAUUGGGCCAGUUCAAGACGAUUCGAGUUUGGUGAACCAGAACCCAUGCUACACGGGAACCCACGGAUGUGACACCAACGCCGCAUGUCGCCCAGGACAGGGGAAUCGGUUCACUUGUGAAUGUUCUGCUGGUUUUUAUGGAGAUGGCCAGACUUGCUAUGAUGUUGAUGAAUGCAGAGACGAUCCUUCCAUUUGUGGAAAUUACGCUGUCUGUAACAAUCAGCCAGGAACUUUCCGAUGUGAAUGUUUCACAGGUUAUCAGUUUGCAGAAGAUGGCCGAACCUGUGUGGCUGUUCAGCGGCCUAACAAUCCCUGCCAAACUGAAAGACACAACUGUGACUCGCCUGACCGUGCUCGCUGCAUUUACACCGGUGGCUCAGAUUUCAUGUGUGUCUGCUUACCUGGUUUCUCGGGCGAUGGAAAAUCCUGUGUUGAUAUUGAUGAAUGCCAGCCAAACCGAUGCCAUCGAUAUGCUCAGUGCUACAAUACACCUGGAUCCUUCACUUGCCGUUGUUCCCCUGGCUAUCAAGGUGAUGGGUUCCACUGUACACCUAUAGGCUCCGAGAAAACGCAAUGUGAGCUUCACAAGGACAGUAUUGUGAGUAGUUUGCAGCCAAGAGGACCCAGGCCUGCUGGCUUCUACAUCCCUGAGUGUGAUGUCCAUGGGAAUUAUGUGCCAGUCCAGUGCCUCACAAGCCAAGAGAGCUGCUGGUGUGUCGACACAAAUGGUAAUGAAAUUGCAGGAACCAGGACUAGCCAUGGAGUUCGACCCCCAUGCCUUGAGGCAGUCACUCCUCCUGUGAUAGUUGGGCCUACACCUAGACCAGAUGUCAUUCCACUGCCCCCAGGCACACACCUCCUCUAUGCACAAAGUGGAAAAAUAGACUACAUCCCAGUGGAAGGUUCCAGCCUGAAGAAAAAUGAAGCAAAGACUUUACUUCACGUUCCUGAUAAAGUGGUCAUUGGUGUUGCAUAUGACUGUGUAGACAACAUGGUGUACUGGACUGACAUUGCUGGGCGCACCAUCAACCGAGCUAGCCGACAUGGAGGGGAGCCCUCUACAAUCAUUGGAAUAGAUCUGGAGAGCCCUGAAGGCAUAGCUGUCGAUCAUCUGGGCCGCAACAUCUUCUGGACAGACUCUGGACUAGACAGAAUUGAAGUGGCUAGAAUGGACGGAGACCAGAGGCGGGUGCUCUUUACUGAUGACCUUGUGAACCCAAGAGCAAUUGUUGCAGAUCCUGUCCACGGUAACCUGUAUUGGACAGAUUGGAAUAGAGCUGCUCCCAAAAUUGAGACUUCAUACAUGGAUGGAACCAACAGACGGAUCCUUGUGAAAAAUGAUCUUGGCCUGCCUAAUGGAUUGACCUAUGAUCCCUAUAGUGCAUUGUUGUGCUGGGCUGAUGCAGGAACCCAAAGGUUGGAAUGCAUGAACCCGAAUCGAACUGGACGCAAACGAGUACUUGACGGCAUCCAUUAUCCCUUUGGGAUUACAAGUUAUGGAAGGAAUUUGUACUAUACAGACUGGAAAAGAGAAUCUGUCAUAGCUGUAGAUCGUAUCUUUGGACGAGAGACUGAUGAGCAACAGCCAUCCAAACAAUCUCGUCUCUAUGGAAUAACCACAGCUUAUUCCCAGUGUCCACCAGGACAGAACCACUGUGCUGUUAAUAAUGGUGGCUGCACCCAUCUAUGUUUGGCAACGCCAUCGAGUCGGUCCUGCCGCUGUCCUGAUGCUUCAGUGGGGGUCAGCUGCGUGGAAAGAAACUAAUAACCAAACAUUUCAGGGAGUUCCCAUUACUAUUUCGAGUCCAGUCUCUUCCUCAUAAGUCAAAAUUCUGACUUGAAAAUGCUUUUAAUUUUUAAAAUACCAUUUUUUAAACAUUUUUCAUUACAUUUUUAAAAAUUAUUUGGAUUUUUAUUCACGUUUUUAUAAAAGAAUUACAACUGUAAAUAUGUUUUCUUAUGAUUCACUAAAUUGUUACUGCGAAUGAUGUUUAAUUCUGACACGAUGGUGCCUUAUUGUUUUGUUACUUCACCAUGAAUGAAGCCAUCACAUCAGGUAUUAUGAUAUGCUCUGUACAGCUUUUCAUCAUAUAUCAAAUAAAAUAGAACUUUUUUGUACA